AUGGCUGGCAUCAAGGAUGAAAUCAAUUCGGUUGAAAUGGCUAUAGACACUAAUGACUUGUCAAAACUGUUUAGUGUUACAUCCAAUGUAGAUAUAUACAGAAAUCUUCCACACAAAAUUAUGCCAUCUUUACCCAAAUUCAAACCGGGAAAAAUCCAAGGAGAAAACUUAAUUAAACUGUAUGGAUCCUUAGCAUCAGGUUAUUUAACAUCAAAUGAACAUGGCUACAGCAUGAAGACAAUACAGAAAUCACCAGAAGCUGGAUCCUCUCCUCCAGUCAAACAGCUCUUAAAUGAACCAGAGACUGUCACCACCAUAGACACUGGGUAUAGGGGUUAUCUAUACAAUGUGGCCUGUCUGAGUAGUGAAGAAAUCUGGACAAGUGGAAGUGACAGCACCAUGAAACUCUUCAGCAUCAAUCAGGGAUCACUACUCAAGUCAAUCACAUCAACAUACAUAACUGAGAACAGGAACCUGGAUAUCUGUAUGUCUGAUGAGAAAACUAGAGCAGUAGUUGUGGUCAAUCAGGUCGGGAAACUGAGAUUCAGAUACACUGGACAUAUUCCUGCUCUAAAUAACCAACCAUUCGAUCCACGAGGAAUCACUACAGACAGUCAGAGUCACAUCCUUACAGCUGAUUGUGACAAUGACUGUGUCCACAUCAUAGACCAGAAUGGACAGUUCCUCCGUUACAUAGACUGUGGGCUAAGUCAACCCGAAGGCUUGUGUACAGAUACAAUUGACAAUCUUUGUGUAAUGGUCACCCUUGUUUUCUUUGACCUUGUGUAUUCCAGUCCAGUCCAAUGCCUCGCCGAUGAUGCCGUUUUGGGGCCAUGUCCAAGUCUGCCCAAAACGCUGUGA